CUGGUACUCAAGAUCUAUUUGAGACAAGAAAUGUCAGCUUUUAGAGCCUCUUUCAUACCCAAUUAAAAACCUACGGCAAGAAACAACCUAAGUUUUAGAUUUUCUCCAAAAACUUGAUUAAAGUCACUGGAAUCCAAAUCUUGUCAUAGAGCACAGGGUCACCAUGACUUCAUUACUGGGCGUGGUCCUGCUGGCCUUUGCUUUAUUGACCCCCAGCGUGGCCUUUAUGUCCAUCAAGGAAGGAUCGUCCAGUCAUGUCAGCAUCACAAAAACAGCCAUACUGCAAAAAGUUACUGAGACAUGUCAGGACAUGGCUGAUGAUGCUGAUGUUGAUUUCAACCCUACGGGAACAUCUCCAGAGGAGCUUGUGCAGGCCUGUUUAGGUCCCAAAGGAUCAGGAGAGAUAUCCAGUGCCAGAUUCCACUCUGCUCUCCAAGAGAUCUACAACCAGAAUGGACUGAUUGACCGUGACUUUAUUAACAGUGCUCCACAUCACUUCAACUCCGAAGCCUUCUUAGAAGGACGACGCCUCAUCACGGAGGGCAUGGCCACCAUCAAGGCUAAUAUUCGUAAGGAGAACUUUAAGGCUGCCAGGGAAACACUGGGUAGAAUCCUGCACACACUACAGGACUUCUACAGCCACAGUAACUGGGUGGAACUGGGCCACACAGAGAAAUAUAAGAACCUCAUACGCCCAUAUCUUCCUCUGGAUAACCUGGCAGAUGUGAACACUGCCACCUGCAGUGACUGUGCAAGUGGAACAUGCUCUAAUCAGAUCCUCCCCAACAUCCUGAGGGAGAAGAAACUCACAUCAGGCUACAUUGGAGUCUUACCAGAUGGGAAACCUAAAGGUAAGUGUAGCCAUGGAGGAGCAGCUGAUCUUACUAGCACAACAGUUCCACGAGGAGGUAUCAAUAAAGAUGAGCGUCGCCCGGACAACAUGCAGCUCCAUGAUGCUGCUGUGAAAGCAGCCACAGACGCCACCCUCGAGCUGCUGGAGGACAUCCGCUUUGCUGCAGGAGACGAGUACUUUCUGAGACUGAUGGGGAUUGGACGCUCGUCUGCACUGUGCUUUGUCAUCGACACCACUGGCAGUAUGUCAGAGGAAAUUCAAGAAGCCAUAACGGUUUCAAACCAAAUCAUUGACAGCUACAAAGGAACACAGGACGAACCCUCCGAGUACAUCCUGGUGCCCUUCAAUGACCCAGAAUUUGGGCCUUUGAUAAGGACAACUGAUUCUGAUAAGAUGAAAAAGGAACUCUCUCAGCUCAAAGCAAAUGGUGGUGGUGACAAUCCAGAGAUGUGUCUCUCAGGAGUUCAGUUGGCUCUCACUGGUGCCCCUUCCUCGUCCCAAAUCUUUGUUUUCACUGAUGCUGAAGCCAAAGACAUCGCCCUCAAGGACACUAUUCUGGCUCUCAUUAGCAGAACCCAAUCAGCGGUGAAUUACUACACAACAUUUACAAGCAGCAGACGCCGUCGAUCUCCCUCAGCUUCUUCUUUCGAAGACUACAAAGAUUUAGCUUUGGCAUCUGGAGGCUUGGCCAUCCAGGUGUUAAAGUCACAGCUGCACAAAGCCACAGAUGUCAUCCUUGACACCUCCACGUCUGCCCUGGUGACAGUACUUCAGAGAGCAAGAACCCCUGGAAAGGAAGAGACUUUCCCCUUCAUGUUGGAUGAGUCACUGAAAAACACCACAGUCUACAUCACAGGAACAUCCAUUACUUUUACACUCACCAACCCUUCUGGAGUGAGCCAGAAUCAGAAUGAGGCCAGUGGUAAACUGGGAACCAUUCAGGCAGUGGGCAACCUGUGGAGAAUUCGUCUCAACUCUGACAAGCAGACUGGAAACUGGAACAUCAACAUCAAAUCCAGCCAGCCAUACACAAUCAAAGUCACAGGCCAGAGCACAAUUACUUUCAUCUACGACUUUGUGGAAAGUUUUGGAGGACCUCACCCAGGUUAUGCAACGCUCAGUGGUCGUCCACAAGCAGGCCAGCCCGCCACCCUGAUGCUCUCAGUGAUUGGUAGAAAAGGUCCGACUUCAAUGUCAGUGACAGAUGCUGGGCUGAUACUAGUGUCCGGUCCUGAGGCUGUUACCAACGGCAGAAUGGCUAACAUGGGCAACGGAAACAUCCUGGUGACAGUGGAUAAGGUCCCUGAGGGGGAGUUUGUGGUCCUUCUGAAGGGAAUGGACAAAGUUUCAAACUCUGAAUUUCAGAGGCAGUCAACAACCCAGAUGUCCAUUUCCAAAGUGAAUAUCCAGGCUGCGGUGGGCAGCAGUAUGGAGCCAGGUGAGGGCUUUAAGCUCCCUUUCAGCAUAAUGACCCAAGGUGCUGCUGGUACAUACACCAUCAAUGCCAGAAAUGACAGAGACUUUACCAUGUCCUACCCAACAAGUCUCAUCUUGUCAACUGGGCAAUAUGCUAACGCUACGUUGAUCAUCACACCUCCUGCCGGCACAGAAUCUGGCACUGAUGCCACUCUGACUAUCGAAGCCAAGUCUUCCAGUGGCACUGACUCCAACUACGCCGUUCUGAGAUUGUCUGUUGUCACCAAGAUUACAGAUUUUGCUCGGCCAUUAUGUAAAGUGGAUACAGUGGUGGCUGAUAAGUGCCCUCAAGGUGUUUCCCAGUGUAAAUCUUUCCACUGGCAACUCUCAGCUAACCUGACCGAUGGAAAUGGCACCGGGAUAGAGAGAAUUUCCCUGUUUCGGGGUAAUGGAAGCCUCACAUACACCUCACUGAAUGAUCCCAUCAUCCAGGCAAACUACAACGCUUCCUGCUGCUCGCAGAUUGUUGAAUUUGUAGCUGUAGACAAAGUUGGCAAUGUGGGCAAGUGUUAUCAUUCAAUCGCUCGCUCAGGUGGCCCUCCUGCUCUGACACUGUCGCUGCCACUGUGGUUUUCCCUGUUGCUUUCCGUCUUCAUGGUAAGGCUUUGAAGGUGUAAGGUUUGUUGACACUGAAUUAUCUGUUAUGUAUUGUUUUUUUUGUUUUUUUUUCACUCCCAGUGUUUUGUCCAAAAAUGUCUGCAGCAAAUAUGUGGCUGCCUGCACAUCUUUAUGAGAAGAUGAAUUUUAAAAUGCACAAAACUGGUUGCACCUUGUUUCUGGAGUCCUUUAGUUUAAGAAUCAAUAAAACUGGUCAUAUAGAAAAUUACGGUUCACCUUUACAAAAAAGAUGUUAGAGUGGCGACUGGUUUCUUGGGAUUUAAUAAAAGUGGUUUUAAAAAAUGUAAAAAACUGCUGAACAGGCAAGCACUGAUUGUACUUGAGGUACUUGCUUUUGUACUUUUUAAAAUAUCAAAGUCACAAAUAAAUCCAUAUAUU